CAUUUCGUGAUGCGGCGAACGCGGAGCGAGUCCCGACCCCCCGACGGAGGAGGGCAACUCAUGUCACAUUCCGGCUGGGUACGGCAGAUGGCCGAAAAGCUGAAUGCCCUCACCGAAAACGACACCGCCACCGUCGACGACAUCCGCGAGUGGCUCCGCAAAAAUCAGCGGCUGGAGAGCGCCGACAUCGCCUUCCAGAAGUACGUCGCCAGCAUAGGUGCUGCGAAUUUGCUUAGAUCUCUCUUGUACGUUGACUGGCAGCUUCCCCGACGUCGAGGGCGGCCAGCUGGCCCGUCAUGUGUUCAAGGACGGGGAUGUCAUCAUCUACACGGCGGGCGGUAAGUGAGCAAGUGGGCGGAUGGUGUUAUCGGGAUGAUGCAAAUGAUCACAUGUGUGUGAGCAGACGGUCACCAUGUGGUGGACAUGGAACGGGGCGGUGAGAUGGCAAAUGAGCCGAUGGCUGAGUGUGACGUGGGUGCGUGUGUUCGGUGUUGUAGGGGGUGGGCUAGGCAUGGGACCGGCCAACCGCACAGGUAGGUGCACAUUGGAAUGUUGGCAAUUGCGCUUUGAGUGCUUCUGUGUGCAAUUGUUGCAGGGGAGGCCGAGAGCCAGGGGGGCACCGACAGUCAGGGCGACAUCCGAGACCGUGUUACUCGCCAAAAGAGUCAGAUUGCGAGACACGAGACACCCAAGAUGCCAGCAUCAAUUGUAUCUAAUCGGCUGGGCUUCUUCUGUAUUGCUUUGUGUGUGUGCAGCCGGUUUGGCGCUCUUCGAAAAAUACUUCAAGCCCGUGUACAGGUGCUGCCUCUGCUGUGAGGGGGCAAUGGUGAUGGCAAAGUGGCUGUGCCAGGCCUGCGCCCCCGCCGCCGCCGCCGCAUUAAAUCAGACCAUCAGCAACCUGUGCGGGCAUCGGUGAGAAGGACCAGACGAGAGAGAACGUACUGGUAGGUGGAGUGCGUAUGUGUGUUUCGUUCGAUAGGCACCAGCAGACGAACACCAUGGCGGGGCAGGGGGCGACGGGCAACCAGGGGGCCCCGGGCCGGCGAGUCACCUGCAUCCUCAUGGUGGUCGGGUUGGUCGAGGUGUGGCUGCUGUACAACUCCUGGGUGAGGAGAACGACACAACGCAAAAGCGGCUCAGACAUGGUGUGGGUGUGUGGGUAUGUGGGUGUGUGGGUGCCACAGACCACACAGCCUGCACAAGGGAGCAGCAACAACUCCGCCCCCCACACACACACUGGCACGAGCCAAAGCACACACCUCCCCCCUGCCACCUGACCGGCACGGCACAGCACAGCACAAUUCACAACCUGUUUGAUGCUUGAUGUACACAUAGCUACACGAUACACGCUACACGUCUCACCUGCACUUGGGGAAUAGGGAGAGGGAGGGAGAAGGAGGGAGAGGGAGGGGGGGGGGAGGGAGGGACACCGCAGAGUCACUGGCUGACUUGCAUGUAGUUUAUCUCCACGUACACGUGCAUGUGCAUGUGCGUGUGCAUGUCGGUUCUCUUGAUACCGGUAGUGCACUCACUAGCCAUGCACUGUACUCCAGCCUUUUUCUUCAAGCCGUUCACCGACUCACUCACUCUCUCACUAGUGUACCAUAGGACACGUAGGGGUGCUGCCUGUUGUUUCUUCAAACACACACUUUCUUUCAUGUGCGGAGUGGUGGAUGUGUGAGUGUGUGUGUGUGUGGUUGAUGAUUGUGUGCUCACCAGGUUGGCUGGAUCUGUGUGCGAGUGUCUGGAGACUUCUGCUCGGCUCAAUACGCUCUCUACCCUCCCUUGUCAGCUGCUCGCCAGCACGCUGACCUGUAAGUAGCUAGUGGUACCUGAUUGGCAGGCAGACGAAGAGACAGAGAGAGAGAGAGAGAGAGACUCAGAGAUAACCCGAACAGAACAGAUAACUUGUAGUUCGUCUGGCUAUGUGUGUCAUGUGUUGUGUGUUGCGUGUUGUGUGUUGUGUGUUGUUUUGUUAUUUGGCGGCCUGCAUUUAUAUGCACGUGUUGCGUGCAAAGCUGGAGGUGGUUCUUACUCGUUUACUAGUUAGGGGAGCCAGUCUACG